AUGAACGGCGAGGUGGAUUGGGCUGCCCUAUACGUGCAGCGGAAACGGCAGUUCGAUCGGGUGGGCACCAUCCGCCUUUCGCCACAGGACGUACUCCCGGACUUGCUCGAGAUCAGCGACGAUGGGCUCAGCGUCCGGUGCACGGACUGCGCGGUGUCCUACUUCGAAGUGCACAUCGAAAACGCUGGUGAUGUCGGGCCCGCAGGCUGGCGAAAAGGGUCGUACGGGUACCACGCUGACGACGGUCGGGUGUUCGCUCAGUCCGGCAUUGGGCGCAAGUGGGGUCCCACCUUCACCACGGGCGAUGUCAUUGGGUGUGGUGUCAAUUUCCUGUCGCGGUCACUGUUCUUCACAAAGAACGGCGAGCUGCUGGGCGUCGCCGUGCAGAAGCUCAAGCACUGCCGCAAGUUCUACCCCAUCGUCACGCUCCACUCUGCCGGUGCGCGAGUGCGGCUCAACUUUGGUGAUCGCCCAUUCGUUUUCCCCGUGGGCGAGCACAUCCGCCAGAUCGAUGAAGCUUUCAAAGAGUCGGAGCGCCUGGAAGAACGCGAAAAGAAUGAGCUAGAACGAAAGCGAAGACGUGGCAGCUUAGAGGCGUCAGGAAACGGCGCGAAGAAGAGCGACGAGGAGGACGAAGACCAGUCACACAAGGCCGACGAAGAGAGCGACGACGAGGAUGAAGAUGAGGACGAAGAAGAUGAAGACGAUGAAGGUGGUGAGGGAGCCAUCGCGAGCAAUUGGGAGGGAACCACAGACGACACAUUCGCAGAUAUUCUUGAACGGAUCACACACGAGGGUGCGGACACGGACGAAGAACUAAUAGAACCGUACUUUCGGAUGGAGAACAUAGACGUGGACACCAUUCCGGUGGAGGAGCUGUUUGAGAUGACGCGCGAGCUCGCGAUCUACAUCCGGGAGUCACACGCCGAGAGCAGCACAUGGGACCUCGCCCCCAAUGUGUUUCGGCCGGUUUUGACGGAGAACGACUACCGAUUGGUGCUGGCCGACCUGCGGUUGCUGCGGAACAUGGCAGCCUACUCGACGGCGUCGCCGGCGAUCCAGGCCGUGCUCGCCUACUAUUCGAGCGCCGCGCAGUCGACGCCCCACAUCGGCGUGACGCGAUGGCAGGCCUUCACCGACGCCGAGAAGCGGCGGUGCCUCAUCCUCGCCCUCGAAGCCAUUUGCCGGGACUACGAGCUGUGCGUGUGCCGGCGAGACGUGGCCAUCCUCAAGAGCACCAAGAUUGCGGAUACCAACGAACAGAAGCAGAUCACGAUCGAGCGAGUGCGAGAACGGAUGACGCCGCUGGUGCACCCACCACCGGCUGUCCUGCAACAGAGCGACAAGGAGAUCGCCAUCUGGACCCUCAAGGAAUUCGAACGGCAGCUCGAGGCCAGCCAGCUUGCGAUCAUAGAACAAACGAGGAAGCUGGUGGGCGUCAAGUACUGGUGGGAGUCGCUGGGUGAGUCGCUGGGAAUGGUGGCUCGCCGUGAGCGGACCGUGGCCAGUCCGCACCUGCGGACCAGCCCAGUCAUGUGCCUCCUCGGCACGGGCUACCACCUGUGGUUCGCCGCUCGCCGACUCCUCUCGCCUCUCGCUGCUGAGGCUGCGCCUGCCCCUGCCCCGGACCCUACUUCCGCACCUGCGCACCCUGCGCACCCUGCGCACCCUGCCCCCGCCGCUGCCUCGCCGCAGCCGCCCCACGACGACCCGCCUGCCUGA